AUUUAAAUUUUGUCACCCCAGCUUGUUUAGACAUUUUUGUAAAUUAAUUUUUUUUUAAAUUAAUGCUUUAUUAUGGACAACAAGAAUAUGCCGCACCAAGUAAGGUUUAAAAGUUACAUUGAAUUAAACAAAACCCCAAAUAAAAGCCUACAUCCUGUGAAUCGGCUCGCUCAAAUUAUGCAUGCGAAAAAUUCCAAGCCUCCAGUUUACAAAGUCGCUGAAGGAAAUGACAAUGAUGUUAUAAAAGGAAAAGAGAGUGAAGGGAAACUCAUCUAUAUGGAAUGUUCGGCUAUGGAUAAAACUGUUGUGGGAUUUGGUAGAACAAAGAAAGAUGCACGUUGCCGAGCAGCGGAAAACAUGCUUGAAAAGCUGGAGUUUUACAAAACGAAUAAAAUAAAUGAACCUUAAAAAUCAAACCUUUAAUCGAGUAGGUUGUCAUCAAGUUUACCAGUUGUAAGUGGUACUAAGGGAGAUUAUGUAAGUUAAAGUUAACUAUGCCUAUGCGAAGUCAACCUAAUUUGGUUGUGAGAAAUCGUACCCAUUUACGAAUUAUUUUGCGUUGCGUAUCAUUCAAUAGUUUACCUUCCUAAUUUAGGAAAAUUUUGUAGAUUCGGAUGAAAAAGCUCAUUUUGCAACUAAACUCAUUUUUUUCAAACUGGUGUUGGGCAUUUUUAAAAUAAACACAUUUGUGUUUAUUUUAUGCAAAUUUUUGCGAUAUUAUUUGAUAGUUAUUUGUUAACAAAAUGGUUGUGCUAUGUUUUUAAUUCAAAUUGUGUCUUAUUUGUAAGGAAUAUCUUCCUUUACUUUUACCGUGAACUGAUUAUGAAAAUAUGCGUUUUGUUGUGCAAUAUGUUAAAAGGUGUUUUAUGCUAAAUCUGUUGUGUCUAACAUACCCUAUAUGUUUAAACUUUUUAAUGUAGCCUAUUCAAUGUCCAAAGUACUCAGUUUUAAAAAUGUAAUUUACGAAUUAUGAUUUUCUUUCAUUUGAUCAUUAUUUUUAACUAACUUAACUACCAUUUAGAUCCAUUGCUUUAAGUUUUACAACCAUGUUAAACGUUACAAAAUAUAAAUGCAUUGGUUGACCAUUGAUAGAUAUAACAUGGAUACUUGUUCAUUGGACAUAAUUUGAGCCUACUCUCUAUGGAUUAAUUCAGAUACAACAAUAUCAGGAUAGUUAACAUGGUUCAACUCUGGAUUGUUUUCCGUACUUUGAUUCUUGCACUGAUCAACGUGUUGGCAUUGGUGGGAAAUUUUUUAGUUUGUUUUACUUUAUACAGACGUCAGUUUUUGCUCACACCAAGCAACAAAUUGGUCUUCAGUUUAACAUGUUCAAACUUGGCCUUUUCUACUUUUGUUCUUCCAUUUGCUGUGGCAAGCAGCUUCCUACAAAAAUGGCCGCUUGGAAGUUUAUGGUGCUCUGUUGCAGGAUAUUUUUCUUUGACAAUUUUCAGCUCCAGCAUGUUUACACUUUCGGCAAUCUCAUAUGAUAGAUACUGCGCCAUAGUUCACCCCUUAAAAUAUCCUUCCCGAAUCACAAGUUACCGUGCUACAUUCAUUAUCAUAUUAUGCUGGCUUGUAUCUGGAUCAUGUUCACUACCCCCACUAUUCGGUACCUGGUCAUCUUAUGAGUUUACAAUCGCAAAACUCAGUUGUUUGCCAGCAUGGAGCAGCAACCAUGGCUUCAGCAUGUUCUGGUUGAUUUUAUGCUGUCUCCUGCCUUACUGCGUGAUGAUUGGUUGCUAUUGCCGCAUAUUUUAUGUGGCACAGAAGAAAGCAAGUGGAAUAGGGAUCAGUCAACAAAUUAUAGAUUCCCAAAUCAAUAUACUUGAAUGUGAUGAUGAAACCCAUGUUAAGCCUGGCAUUACUUCAUCGGACGUUCAUAAGAUACCUCCCCAUGUGCCAGGUGCAUUUGCUGUAAACGUAGCAUUAUCAAACAUGGAGGAUUCCGGGAUCGUCACAAGUUUUAUCACAAAAGAUGUUGAACAACUCCCGCACCCAAACCAAGUCCUGGUAAUUCCAGCCACGCGAGGAUUCAUUCAUUCACUCCUACCACCACAACAGGAAAAUGCAGCAGAGAUAAACAUGCAAGAAAUGAACACAAAUCGCCACGAUGAAGUAUUAAAAGAUCCUCCUAUUAACGAUUCCUUGAACAACAAUACGGAUAUUAUAAAAGAUGCUCAUCUAUCUGCUUCCCUGAUCCCUGGAUCUUCUCAUAAAUCCUCUAGUGAUCAUCAGGAACCUGCAACCUCUGCAUCGCAUCAGGAUAAUUCUUCCGCUUUCUUUAAUAACAAAAUUGGCUCCAUCAAUGAAACAGUUGAAAGCAAAAGUUACAGAAACAAAGAAAGUUUCAGGAACCGGCAAGAAGCAUGGCAACGUUCUAUAGACACCACAACAUCAAAUAACACACAUGGUGGUUCAUCAUUCACACAUCAUACUACAAGUGCUAGAAAGUCACUUUUAUUCAAUUAUUCACAUUACUAUGCUAAUCAAAGAAAAACACUGUGCACGAUAUUCUUUGUUGUUGGGGUGCUUCUGUUCACUAUUGGUCCCUUUAUCGUAACUUCGUUGUUGGAAACAUUCCUACCUGUAAAAUAUAUCAACGACACAAGUCUUACCACAAACCAGUCUUCACUGAAGCAUGAAACAUCUAUACCUGAAUGGUGGCUUUCUGUGGUUGCUUGUCUCAUGUAUUUAAAUUGUGCUCACUACCCUGUUAUAUAUGGAGCAUGGAAUCGAACCGUUAGAAAAGAAAUGAAAUCUUUGAUUUUUGGGACUUCCAGAGGACCAAAGACAAAAAGAACAAGGAUUUUGAGUUUGUCUACUCAUUUUAAAGAUUUGGGAUUAUCACCGCGACUCACUGCUGCCAUAAUGGAAGAAUCGGCCGCUGUGGCCACUAUUGUUCGUCCGAUGCAAAUUGAACGAAAGACAUCUGUAAAAAAUAAAAAAAAAUGGUUAAGAACUAAGAAAGAAGUGAAUUGCACAAAAUCCAAUGUUUCCGAGGUCAAAAGCGAAGAUUGUUUAACUUUUCAAAACCAAAACACCACAUCUCUGGUGGUUCCUUCAAUUAGAACAACCAACAAUGAAAAUAACAAUUCAAACCAAUUAAGAGAGCGUGAAAAACUCGGCUCCAACCCCAUUCAAAUAAACAGAAGCGAAAUAACCGACAAUGAGAUCCUCUCGUCUUUUUUGCUUUUUUCUCCUCCAGAACUUGGUCCAGGAGUUCAAUAUAAAGGCUGUGAAAGAGAAAAUAAAAAUUCUGCUCUGUCAAAUAAUCAGAUUUUUGCUACUGAAAAUAUGCCUGACAGGAUGGCCACAGAUUCAAGGGCGAGUAGUCCUUAUGUAAGUGACAAUGAUGCUGCUACCAUUAACCUUAGUUCUGAUGAGGAAGAAGGAAUCGAACUUCAAAAUAUGGCAAUAGAAAAACAAGACCUAGAUCAAAAUAUGGGGUUGAGGAAACGAGAAUUGCAUCAAAAUAUUGCAUCAAAAAAACUAAUUCAUUUAAAACCAGAUGGUCCGAUUAGAAUUAAACGAUGGAAAAAGCCUCAAAUGGUUGAUUACUUUGCGCAGACAAUGGCUUAUGAUUUAUUAGAAGAUGUGAGAAAAUAGAAAGAAAUAUUAUCUUUUCGCUCCCAGUUUCAUGCUAUGUCAUUUAAAUAUAGUACUGUGGGAUGGAACACCUUUAGCACAUAAUACCCAAAUAUCUUGUGUUUUAAACAAUUAACAACGGUCUAUAGGAGUCGUGAGGAACAAAAAAUAGAGUAAAAAAGGUGUUUGUCUUUCCCCACAGUACUAUAUAUGUUUACUUGCCGUAUAUUAAUGAUACAUCAGAUAUUAUUUUAUGAUUAAAUUUUAUCAAUAACAUAUUAUCUGAAUGUAUCAUUAAUUUUAUUUUAUUUAACAUUUUAUGCAAUGUACCAAUACCAAUACCAAAUUUUCAUGAUUAAAACAAUCAUAGAGAUAUUGAUAUAUAUCAUAUAUAUAUCAAUAUCACACUAUAUUUUAUUGAUUAUAAUCAUUCAUAAAAGUAAUAAUACACUAGAUAGGAAAAUAUUUCAUUUAUAAAAUUAAUAUAAAUUAAAUAACAUUUUUAUGGCCAAGUUCAAUCAUAGUUUCAAGUUUUUAAUUUUCUUGUUACCUUUAAUGUUUUAAAUGAAUUUACCUUCAAUACCCUGCCAUACCAAGACACUGUAUGUAGAUAGUGACAUGCCAUGUUUUUUAUUCAUGCAUUUGUUGUAUUUAUGUUGUACUCAUAUUUAAAUUUUUAUCAUGGAUUUGAAUUUUUUACAAAAUCUGGGGUAACAUGGUUACAAUGCAGUUAUAUCAUAAAGUGAAUCAUAGGGAACAUCAUUGAUUAUUGUGGUGAAUGUUGUAUAUUUUGGGCCAAAUAUAAAUGUAAAACUGGGCUGCUAACGCAUAUUAAAUUUCACCUGUUUUAAAACUGGGGUGCCGUGCUACCUCAGUACAGUGACGUUAUGAUUGUAGUAUGAUGAUUGCCCCUAAAGUGACGCCUAUGUUUCUACUUUAAAAUUGAUUGCAGUAUCCGGUACUAUUGGUUCCCAUGCGCUCCUUGUUAUAUUUUUUUUACUUUUUCUGGUUUCUGUUUUUUUUGUUUUUUUUUCUGGUUUGUGUUUAUUUUUAAUUCUAAACAGUACCUUGCAGUGUCAUACCUGUAUUUUGGCUCUGUUUCAAAAAAAAUAUUUUGUCAAAUGCUUUGCGCUUUCCCAAAAUUUUUGCCAUAUUACAAGUAUAAAUAUUCCUGCCAGCAACAGUAUAUAUUGCAGUAUCAUUUUAAAACGUAGUAUUAUUUUUUAUACAAAACAAUUUUUACCAAAUGCAGUUAUUUUUCAAUCAUUAAAAACAUAUUUUACAUUCAUGCAUUAAUAUACAG